UUUUUCCCUCUCUCCUGAGUGGAGUGAGAGAGAGAGAGAGAGAGAGAGAGGAAAAAAUGCAGUCUUUAUUCUCCUCAAUUACCUGCAGCUCUCCAAUUUCAAAAUUCCCCUCCAUUUUCCAGCCACGGAGAUCGAGAACAAGGAGAUUGAGAGCCGAGGAUGCUGGUCCAAAUGGCGUAGAAACCCGAGAACCCAGCGUGCAGGAAUUGAGCCCCGAGGGUGAGAAUAUCAGCAGCAAUGGCAGCAGCAAGAGAGCCGCCCCUCUCUCAGAGAAAGACAUAAAAAAGGCUGUCCAAAAGACUGCUGCGACCUUUGCACCAAGGGCUUCGACUGCCACUAAGAAUCCUGCAGUACCUGGAACAGCUCUCUACACUGUCUUUGAAGUUCAGGGAUAUGCCUCAAUGUUACUUGGGGGAGUAUUAUCAUUCAAUCUUAUAUUUCCAUCGAAUGAACCUGAUAUAUGGAGACUGAUGGGGAUGUGGUCCAUUUGGAUGUUCACAAUUCCUUCACUACGAGCAAGAGAUUGUUCAAAGAACGAAAAGGAAGCUCUCAAUUACCUCUUUCUUCUCAUUCCGCUACUUAACGUUUUGAUCCCUUUCUUCGUGAAGUCAUUUGCUGUUGUAUGGUCAGCAGAUACUGUUGCCUUCUUCCUUAUGUAUACCUGGAAGCUUGGAUGGCUUCAAAAGACAGAGUGAGGAAACGAGUUUCAGAAGCUUUUGAGUAAAGAUGGAAAUCAGGAAAGCUGUUUCUUUUGUAUUAUCACAAAGAAGUUGGAGAUCAUGUUGUUUGGCGAAUAGGCUCCAGUUACGGUAAUUUGGAGAGAUGAAAUACUGCUUGAACUCAAGGUGGCUACCUGAUUUUGUAGCGACAAUUGUAGAUAGUAAAAUGUUUUAUAUUUCUUAAUGGACAUGUAUAAAGAAUUCGGCGUAUGAUGAUCAUUAAUGGGAGGCAUAUUAUUGAUGUGUACAUUUCCUUGUAUCAUUGAAUUGUUAGAUUGUGUAAUGUAAUAUAUUCUUCUUUUUA